CCUGGGUUCGUAACGUAUCACGAUUUAAAAAUACAAGCGUUCUCGUCUCUGAAAAAAGCAAAAGGAACAGAAGAGACUAAGGCAGGGGAGGCAGGGGAGACGCUAAGGAAGAGACCCGAGCUUCUGUCGCCGCCACUUGGCUGGGGACUGUAGUGCGGGCGGUGCGGAGCUCUCCCCGCAAGCCGCAAGCCCUCCGAGGACUUACUCAGCCUCCCACCCAACUGACUCCGGCUCGCGGCUGGCCCGCUCCUCCCUCUCCAGGCCCUGGUUGGCCCCGGCGCUGCCUAGCGCAGAGGCAGCAGGAGGAGCCGAGCCUGCCCAACCCCGAACGACUCCCCCCCUCCCUUCCCGUCCCCCCACCCCUGAGGCUGGCACUCGGGUGGCAGAAGCAGCGCGCACGGUUGCGGGCUUCCGGCCUCAGAGAGGCAAGCACAAGGAGCGGCAGCAGCAGCAGCCUCCAGAGCAACAGCCGGCCUUGCGGGCGGCACAUCCAGUGGACUCAUCCUCCGCUGCCCCAGCUCGUCACCGCCUGCUCUGUCCUAGGUGGCCGGAGGCUUCCGACCUCUUGGGACCCCCACCGCCAACAUCAAAAGCCCCUCAGCAAAGGAUCAGAGGCUGCUGGCGCCGGCAGCUUCAGCAUCCACCAUGGGGAAGCCAGCGAGGAGGAGAUGGGACUGCAAACGAUUCCUCAAGAACAACUGGCUUCUGCUAUCCACAGUGCUUGCUGUGGUCCUAGGGAUUGGAGUAGGAGUACUGGUCCGAGAAUAUAGCAAGCUCUCAAACCUGGACAAGUUCUACUUUGCCUUUCCUGGAGAGAUUUUAAUGCGAAUGUUGAAGCUCAUCAUCUUGCCUCUCAUUAUAUCCAGCAUGAUUACAGGUGUUGCUGCUCUGGAUUCCAAUGUCUCUGGAAAAAUCGGUUUACGAGCUGUUGUAUAUUAUUUCUGCACUACAGUCAUUGCUGUCAUUCUUGGUAUCGUGCUGGUGGUAAGCAUCAAGCCUGGUGUGUCCCAGAAUGCUGAAGAGUUUGAUAGGACAGGCAGCACCCCUGAAGUCAGUACAGUAGAUGCCAUGUUAGACCUGAUCAGGAAUAUGUUCCCAGAGAAUCUUGUUCAAGCCUGUUUUCAGCAGUACAAAACCAAACGUGAGGAGUUGAAGCUUUCAGAUGAAUCAGAGAUGAAUACCACAAGAGAAUCUGUGACAGCUGUCAUGACGACUGCCCUAUCCAAAAACAAAACAAAAGAAUACAAAAUAGUGGGCAUGUACUCAGAUGGCAUAAAUGUCCUGGGCUUGAUUGUCUUUUGCCUUGUAUUUGGAAUCGUGAUUGGGAAAAUGGGAGAAAAAGGCCAAGUUCUGGUGGAUUUCUUCAACGCACUCAAUGAUGCUACCAUGCAAAUCGUUCAGAUCAUCAUGUGGUAUAUGCCACUGGGCAUUAUAUUUCUGAUUGCUGGGAAGAUCAUUGAAGUUGAAGACUGGGAAAUAUUUCGCAAACUGGGGCUGUACAUGGCCACGGUGCUUAGUGGGCUUGCCAUACAUUCCAUUGUAAUCCUCCCACUUAUAUACUUGCUAAUUGUAAGAAAGAACCCUUUCCGGUUUGCCAUGGGGAUGGCUCAGGCUCUGCUCACAGCCCUCAUGAUCUCUUCCAGCUCAGCAACACUACCUAUUACCUUUCGCUGUGCAGAAGAAAAGAACCAAGUAGACAGGAGAAUCACCAGAUUUGUUCUGCCCGUUGGUGCAACAAUCAACAUGGAUGGAACUGCCCUCUAUGAAGCAGUCGCUGCUGUGUUCAUUGCACAACUCAACAAUUUGGAUCUGGACAUUGGACAGAUAAUCACCAUUAGUGUCACAGCAACGGCUGCCAGUAUUGGAGCUGCGGGAGUGCCCCAAGCGGGGCUAGUCACCAUGGUCAUUGUACUGAGUGCUGUUGGCCUGCCAGCCGAAGAUGUCACCCUCAUCAUUGCUGUCGACUGGCUUUUGGACCGGUUCAGGACCAUGGUGAAUGUCCUUGGUGAUGCAUACGGAACAGGAAUUGUAGAGAAGCUUUCUAAAAAAGAACUGGAGCAAAUGGAUGUCACAUCUGAAGUCAAUAUUGUGAACCCCUUUGCCUUGGAAUCUACAAUACUUGAUAAUGAAGAUGCAGAGACCAAGAAAUCUUAUGUCAAUGGAGGCUUUGCCAUAGAUAAAUCUGACACUAUCUCAUUUACUCAAACAUCACAGUUCUAGAGCCCCUUUCAUACCCAGGGCUGGGAACAUUUCAGGACAUCACCACAAGAGGGAUCUCUCAGCAAAUUAAAACAUAAUUAAGAGGGGGGAAAGCAAUUAGUCAACCUGAGUGCUUUUGAUUUGAUUUCCAGAUUAUUUUCUAUAUUGGAUGUUCAACUCUUGCUCAGAAAGCCGACCAAGAAAGAGGGGGAGAGAAAGAGGUAAAAGGAAUGAUUAAGAGAGAAGUUGAAUUAUCUGCAUUUUAAAAAAAAAAUUAUCACUAAUGGAUUUGAAAGUGACUGUUGGAAUCACAACCAUAAAAUGAAGCAAAGAUUGUUCAAUUUUCUCGGGCAUAGUUCAAUUCUUCGCUUUUUUUUUUAUUCUUCUGCCAUUCUGAGCCCAGGACUUCAUUUGAACUCUAUUUUGAUAUGUGUUUCCUUUUGCUUAACACAUUCUAUUUUUUUUUUCCUUUUUUGGCAGAUUAUACUGUAUCCAAAUGGUCCACUGAAUAAUGUGCCAAACUAUCCAUUUUGCACUUUUGUCUGAAGCAAAAUACUUUGGAAAGAAAACAGACCGUCACAGUACUGCAAUAAAUAUUUUUAGAUGGGGGAGAGGGUAGUGGUGGUCUUGUUUUGUGUUUUAAAAGUACUGUAUUGGAAAUCUAGGAACAAUUAAUACCACCACCACCACCACCACCAUGAUGUUCAUUAUCUAUUAUAUACAAUUUUUUUCAUAGAGUUGCCAGAGGACAGAAUUGAAUUGUCAAUGUGAAAUCAAUAUUUUCCUUGUUCUUCAAAAGCAACAACAAAGCCACUGUUAAUAAGCCUGGGUAGCUUGUGAGAACUUCCUCAUCAGGGUUCACAGAAGAAAAAAGUGAGUCUGGCUCUUACAGUACCAUCUUCUGGUACUGUACAUCCAGCCCCAGGACAGAUGGAGGGAAUAAAGCCAGUGCUUUAGGACUUCCAGAACUUAGCUGCUAAAAAAGAAAAAUCCCUUCAUCUCUGCUCUGUAGAAGAUAAUAAGACAGUAUACCACCAAGCCACUCACAGACUAGAUAAAUUCCACCAUCUUUGUCUUUUUGAUUCCAUCCAGGUCUGAAUGAAAGGGUUUCAAACUGUCAGCCAAGCUGUAUUUUACUAAAUGUCCUGGACUGAAUAAAUCUCAAGGACCAAAAAAGGACUGUGCCUAUGAUGGACUUCCACAGAGAAGGAGCUCCAUAGUGUCCAACGUUUGUAUGGAAUACCCUAAGGGAGUCUCUUCCAUUCUUUGAUCCUCAUUAUUCUCCCAUGGGGAGCUGUCCAGCUCUAGUGGUCAUCAUUCUUCUGAAGCAUAAGGAAGCUCAUGCUUUGACUGUUCUCCAUUUGUAAAUAAUGCUUAGCAUAAACUGCACUUACACUGUUGUCCAAGAUAAUCAAGUUUCUGCAGUAUUAGUCCAUUUCAACCUACACUUUUGUAUUUAAGAAAAUCAGGAAAUGUGCCAAAGAACAAUGACAAGAAAAAUAAAUGUGGGUAUAGACUGACUGCACCUUAAAUUAAGUUUGUGAGAUUUAAAAAAUGCUGUAUGUAAUCCCAGCCCCAGAAAAUCUCCAGUGUGAUGCUCUGUGAAUUUUAGAAUCUCAGUAUCGGUGUUGUUUAUAUGAAAUAAAACUCUCUCUCUAAACAAAGAAAA